AUGGCACGAAUUGCUGUUUUUCUGUCGUAUUACCGGCCAUGGGCCAUUUGUGCGCUUUCUUUUGCGAUCUACACUCAGAUAAUUUACGAUAAGAAUUAUUCUAUUCGGCAUGCUCCGUUUUAUAUGGGGAAGUAUUUGCUGGCGUUCUUGAGCGGUUGGGCGUUCUAUUUGGUAUUUCUGUAUCAUCGGCUCUUUAGUCCUUUGAGGCACUUGCCUCAGCCAAAGGGCGCGAAUUUUAUCAAUGGUCACUGGGCAGAGUCUGUCAGUCAGCCUGCUGGAUUGCCGUUCAGACAUUGGUCAAGAACAAUCGAAAACAAUGGAUUGAUCAGAUACAAGAAAGGCUCGUCGUCACAAGCCCGGAAGGUCUCAAAGAGGUGCUCGGUCAGAACAGCUAUGACUACGUCAAGCCUCAUCUCCUCCGUGCAAUGGUCGGCAAGAUCUUGGGUUAUGGGCUGCUCCUAUCAGAGGGAGAUGUACACAAGGAAGAACUUGAUGCCGGCAUUCAGCUUUCGUCACAUCAAGGAACUCUAUCCCGUCUUCUGGAGCAAAGCACAGGAGCUAGUCCACGGGAUAGAAAAAGAACUCAAAGAAGAGUCAACUUCAGAGAUCGACAUUGUAGACUGGGCGAGUCGAGCCUCUAUGGACAUCAUCGGUUCUGCAGGAAUGGGCCACGAGUUCAAGUCUCUUGCAGAUCCCAGCAUUGAAGACACCAUGAAGAUGUAUGGAUCAAUGGUCAAGCAGAGUCGUGGCGCCAAGCUCUUGACGGUUCUUCAGCUUGUUCUUCCCUCGAUUAUCACGGAUUACCUCCCAUUUCAGAGAAACAUGGGCGUCUUGGCAGCUUCAAAGGCGGCGAGAGAGACAUCCCAGCGACUUAUCGGCGCGAAGAAAGUCCAGAUGGCAGCCAAGGAGAAGUUAUCGCCUGAUAUCAUCUCUACAGCGCUUGAGUCUGGUCAUUUCACAGAUGAGGGACUCGUUGAUACUAUGAUGACCUUUUUGGCUGCCGGGCACGAGACCAGUGCUGCAGCCUUGACCUGGACAAUCUUCCUUCUGGCAAAGAAUCAUGAAAUCCAGGACCGUCUUCGAGAGGAGAUUCGACAGAAUGUUGAUGGCCUCAAUGACGAUGUUGACGCCAAGAAACUCGACAGCCUCUCUUAUCUCCAUGCAGUCUGCCAAGAAUCACUCAGGCUCUACGCACCAAUCCCCUUCACCGUACGCGAUGCCCUCAAGGACACUCAAAUUCUCGGAACAUUCGUCCCCAAAGGAACGAUGGUCAUUUUAUGUCCAUGGGCCAUCAACAGAGCCCACGAACUCUGGGGCCCUGAUGCAGACGACUUUAACCCUGAGCGAUGGAUGGCACCUGGCCAAGCCAACUCCGGCGGUUCAAAGAGCAAUUACGCGUUUCUUACAUUUCUACACGGUCCUCGAGGCUGCAUUGGUCAGAAGUUCUCACUGGCUGAGCUCAUGGCUCUCACGUGCGCUUUGGCAGGGAGAUACAAGUUCGACAUUGACAAGGACUACGAGGUACGGGAUAUCACGGAUGGGAUUGUGGCGAAGCCUAGUAAGGGAUUGAGGGUCUGUGUGGAGGAGGUCCAGGGCUGGUGA